UGGAAAUCCAGCAUAGCUUAUCUGAAAGGCUUGGCAGCAGUCCGUCGGAAAAGAAAUCCAUCCGGGACGAUCAUACCAGUACAUAGCAAUGAAGCUGCUUGUUGCUACUGUAACCGGUCGUAGUGUUCGCCGCAAAGCAUGACAUCACGCACUCUUGUCUCCAUGACGUAUUGUUCAUAGGAUUUUCUUGUUUUCAUUUAUAUCCAGCGAGUCCCCAGAUAUUGCAGAAGUGAAAAGACCCAUCUCUCUCACUCUUCAGUCCAGUCUGCAAGCCUGGCCGAUACAUUCUACUUGCAAUUGAUCUCCGUUCACCAUGGCUACGGAUAUUUAUACAAGGGAGCUUCGUCAGCCCGUAGACGUUGCUGAAUACUUGUUUCGACGCCUGAAAGAGGUUGGCAUUCGCUCCGUUCACGGUGUCCCGGGUGACUAUAACCUUGUAGCGCUAGAUUACUUGUCGAAAUGCGGACUCCAUUGGAUCGGAAACUGCAAUGAACUCAAUGCAGGAUACGCUGCAGAUGGUUAUGCCCGGGUUAACGGAAUCGCAGCUCUAGUGACCACAUUCGGUGUGGGUGAGCUGUCUGCGAUUAACGCCAUUGCAGGAGCAUACUCGGAAUUCGUGCCUAUUGUUCAUAUUGUUGGCCAACCGCACACAAGGUCGCAGAAGGACGGGAUGCUCCUCCAUCAUACGCUAGGAAAUGGGGACUUCAACGUGUUUACCCGGAUGAACGCUGAGCUCUCUUGCAGCGUUGCACGCUUAGACGACACGCACGAGAUAGCGACUCUCAUAGAUAAUGCUAUUCGAGAAUGCUGGGUCCGGAGUCGCCCUGUAUAUAUCACGCUCCCUACCGACAUGAUUGUGAAGAAAAUCGAGGGAGAGCGACUAAAGACACCCAUUGAUCUCUCACUUCCAAGGAAUGAUCCCGAGAAAGAGGACUAUGUCGUCGAUGUUGUCCUGAAGUACCUACAUGCCUCCAAGAAGCCAGUGAUUCUGGUGGAUGCUUGUGCUAUUCGUCAUCGAGUUCUUGAAGAAGUCCAUGAUCUGGUGAAGGCCUCUGGCCUCCCGACUUUUGUGGCCCCAAUGGGUAAAGGAGCUGUGAGCGAGACGCAUCCGAACUACGGUGGAGUUUAUGCAGGGAAUGGAUCCAAUCAAGGUGUCAGAGAACAGGUCGAGUCGUCUGAUCUUGUCCUGAGCAUUGGUGCUAUCAAGUCUGACUUCAACACGGCCGGAUUCACAUACCGCAUCGGCCAACUGAACACCAUUGACUUCCAUAGCACAUAUGUGCGAGUUCGCUACUCCGAAUACCCAGAAACAAACAUGAAGGGUGUCUUGAGGAAGGUGAUCGAAAGGAUGGGUGCUGUCAACACCGCACCAGUCCAGCCGAUCACCAAUGCUCUACCAGAGAGUGAGAAAGGCUCGAAUCAACAGUUAAUCACUCAUGCCUACUUAUGGCCAACAGUCGGACAAUGGUUGAAGGAAAACGACAUCGUCAUCACGGAGACAGGGACUGCAAACUUCGGUAUCUGGGAAACUCGGUUCCCGCCAGGUGUUACAGCUAUUAGCCAAGUUCUCUGGGGUAGUAUUGGUUACUCCGUUGGGGCUUGUCAGGGUGCGGCCGCCGCUGCGAAGGAGCAGAACAACCGUCGAACGAUCCUAUUUGUUGGUGACGGCAGUAUUCAACUCACUCUGCAGGAAGUGAGCACUAUGAUUCGAAACAAGCUCAACCCAAUAAUUUUCGUGAUCUGCAAUGAAGGCUAUACUAUCGAAAGAUAUAUCCACGGAUGGGAACAGAGCUACAACGAUAUUCAAGAAUGGGACUUCGUGAACCUGCCCCCAGCAUUUGGGGCAAAGGACGAAUACAAAGGAUACCGGAUCAAGACAAGGGACGAGCUCAACAAGCUUUUUGCAGACCAAAAAUUCGCUUCAUGUCCAUAUUUACAGCUGGUCGAAAUCCACAUGCCUCGUGAAGAUGCCCCGGCGCCUCUGAAAUUGACGGCAGAAGCAGCCGCUGCGAGAAACAAAUAAGGACAACAUUUCACGUUGAUUUCUAAGGGAAAUUUCGCUUUUUCCUGCAUUAAUAAUAUAUAUAAUUUGUUAAUCAAAUAGAGCUUGUGAAAAGUUUUAUAAUACUUCAGUGAGAAAGGGGAAGACGUUAAUGCACGUCGACUAAUUCUCCGUGACUCCCAGAAUCUUGGGCAUAAUUCGGAGAUUAAAGAGUGAAGGGAACAGUUUCCGAACAUCAAUCCCUAACCAGGUUAAUGG